AUGUCAUCCACUCUUUAUAAUCAUCUCUCCAGCAGGUGUUCCAAAUCUGCCGACACCCCUUGCGCUCUGUUCUCUCAUCUUGACACCAGCAGCCCUUACAGACAUACAUAGGUGUCCAACAACAUGAAGUGCCUGAACAACCGGGCAGACAGUCACCUAACUGGACAGGUGGAGUGUGAGUUGGACAGAAUAGCCAAUGGGGCCUGGGUGAAUCAGGGCUUCUGUGGCACCCCCCCACCUCUGCCCAGAGUCGUUAGCACCAUCUACAACCCCGAGCCCCUCUUCCAGGGCUCCACGGACAGCAUAUACAAACUGGAAAAUCUUGGACCAUUCCCAGAAGAACCACCGUCCCCUGACCAAAGCCUGGUGAAGAAACAAAGAGGCUGCUGCUCCUUUAUUAAAGGUUUAUGGGGUACAACAUUGACUGAAAACACCUCAGACAACAGAGAGCUGUUUGUCCGGACCACGCUGCGCGAGUUAGUGGUCUAUCUGGUGUUCCUGGUGGAUAUAUGCCUCUUGACAUAUGGUAUGACCAGCUCAAGCACCUACUACUACACUAAAGCCAUGACAGACCUGUUUGUGAAUACAGCCGAUGAAAGUGGGGUUAAGUUUCAGUCCAUUAGCACCGUGACUGACUUCUGGACUUAUGUCCAGGGCCCACUAAUAGAUGGCCUUUACUGGACUAAAUGGUACAACAACCAGUCCCUGGACAGUGGAGACCAGUCCUUCAUCUACUAUGAGAACAUGCUGCUGGGAGUCCCCAGAAUGAGGCAGAUCAAGAUUAUGAACAACUCCUGCAUGGUCCACAACGACUUCAAAAACGAGAUCACGGGAUGUUUCGACGUUUACAAUGAGAAGAAAGAGGAUGACCUCAGCUUUGGUCUCAUCAAUGGCACAGCCUGGACCUACCACACAGAGAAACAAAUCAAAGGUUCAUCUCACUGGGGCCUGUUGACCACAUACAGUGGAGCUGGAUACUAUCAAGACCUGAGUCGGACCAAAGAGGAGAGCGCUAUCAUACUGAAGGAACUGGCAGAUAACCUGUGGCUUGACCGAGGAACAAGAGCAACCUUCAUCGAUUUCUCAACUUAUAAUGCAAAUGUCAACAUGUUCUGUGUCAUCAGGUUGGUGGUUGAAUUCCCAGCGACCGGUGGAGCAAUCCCUUCCUACCAGAUAAGAACAGUCAAACUGAUUCGCUAUAUCACCAAUUGGGAUUUCUUCAUCCUUGGCUGUGAGGUGGUCUUCUGUUUAUUCAUCCUCUAUUAUGUUGUGGAGGAGAUUCUUGAACUGCGUAUACACAAAUUCUCCUACUUUAAAAGCAUCUGGAACAUACUGGAUAUUGUUGUCAUAUUGCUUGCCAUUGUUGCCAUUGUAUUCAAUAUUUUCCGAACUGUCAAAGUGGACAACUUGCUUGGCAAACUGCUGAAACAACCUGAUAUCUAUGCCGAUUUUGAAUUUCUGGCCUUCUGGCAAACCCAGUACAACAACAUGAACGCAGUGAACUUGUUCUUUGCGUGGAUAAAGGUUUUCAAGUACAUAAGUUUUAACAAGACCAUGACUCAGCUGUCCUCCACGCUGGGCCGAUGUGCUAAAGAUAUCUUGGGAUUUGCCAUCAUGUUCUUCAUCGUGUUCUUCGCAUAUGCUCAACUUGGAUAUUUGAUUUUUGGGACUGAGGUUGAAUCUUUCAGCACCUUCAGCAAGUGCAUUUUCACACAGUUCAGGAUUAUUCUGGGAGACUUUAAUUAUGAUGCCAUCGACCGCGCUAAUAGAAUUCUUGGGCCAAUCUACUUUGUCACCUAUGUGUUCUUUGUUUUCUUUGUCCUACUGAACAUGUUUCUGGCUAUCAUAAAUGAUACAUAUACUGAGGUUAAGGAAGAGCUCUCCUCCCAAAAAGAUGAGCUACAAAUUACAGACAUCAUCAAACAGAGCUAUAUGAAGACAUUUACAAAGCUAAAACUUAAAAAGGAGAAAAUAUCCGAUGUUCAGAAAGCACUGCGAUCUGGAUCCGGAGAGAUUGAAUUCAAGGACUUCAGAGAAACUCUGAAAGAGAUGGGACAUGCUGAUCAUGAAAUUUCUGCAGCCUUCUCACGGUUUGACCGUGAUGGGAACCAAAUCCUAGAUGAAGAAGAACAAGAGAGGAUGAAAGUCGAGUUGGAGGAAAAGAGGGAUGCUCUUAGUGCUGAAAUCAACAAUCUUGGAAUUAAUUACGGGAAAGAAUUACUGGAUAAGCCUCUUGUAACACCCAAUGAGCAGAAGAACCAGUCGAGUCAUUCCUUUGUGGAUCGGGAACAAUUCCUAAGACUGGCUAGACAAGUCCUCCUCCUCGAAAGCUCUCUAGAAGGCAUCACAUCCAGGAUUGAGUUGAUUAUGGAGAAACUGGGAUUACAAGACAAAGUCAAAAGGAGCGAAAUGGCAGGGAAACUCACUGUGACCGAUAAUAAUAGUGAUGAAACUGCCUCUGAUGGGAACGUCCUGGUUUGUGUGGACAGGGGGAUGAAGGCUGAGAUAUCAUCACGAAAAUCAUCGGCUCGUAACAGCUCCUCACACAACCGCCAUAUGUGAUCACCUCCGAGCAACACAAUCAUGGCUUAUCUGGAAGUCAGCUGACACAUGAGGAUGAACAGGUCACACAUCAACAAUAUUUUGUGCAUGCCAAUGUUCAGCAUCUGUCCAGUGAAAGGAUCAUUCAGGUGGAAAAUGACAAUUAGGCAGUCAGAUCAAUAAUAAACUACUGAAACUAUGACAUAGUAAACACUUUGCUUCAGCUGCUCUUAAAUACUCAUUUCAUGGCAAUAUGUAAAUACUGUAUAAACACAUUUUUGAAAUUCUUUGCUUACUAGGUGGCUGCACUAGGCCUAAUAUAAAAAACUUAAACUCAGAUAUAUACAAUAUAUUUAGUAGAUGAGGCCUGAAUGUAAAUCUAUAUAUUAUUAGUGGUGUGCAAUAUACAUUUAUUCAACAGUAGGGUAAAAAAAAAUAAAAAACUUGCAGUCAUUAAACGUUUAGGUUCGUGUUAUUGAAGCUGCUCAAACGUUAUCAGCCUCCUGACUCGUUUGCGCGGCUUAGUGAGAUAAAUCGUAACCAUGCACCUUCUCAGCUGCCGCAAGCUCACGGCAGAGCAAAUAUGUAAGGAAUGAGAGUGUCUACAGCCCUUAAUAAAAUACACUUGCAUGAAAUACACAAUAAUGUCAUGGGUGUGGGAUGUAUUAUUUCACUGCGCUGUCUGGGGGAAAAAAAAAAAAAUGUUUUUUCAAGUUUCACACUUCAUAAUAUUACUAAAAAGGGUAAGAAGGUUUUUGAGUAUGAAAGAUACAUGUUGUCUAGUGUAUUUAACAUUCAGAUGGCACAAUCUAAAGAACCUCGGUUUGAUGUUAAACAUGUCAAUUACUGCGUCUGUUACAGUUACUCAAAGACAACAUUUUACUGAAUUAAUGCUUUGCUGUCAGCAUUUCUAUAUAAAGCGCAAAUUAUCAGUGUGUAAUAAAUGUACUGAACAACCAGA